CUCCGCAUGAUAACGUCUUCGGAGCAGUCGUACUCAAAAACAAGUUUCGUAAUAUUGACGUUCGGUAUCUUACAUCGGGCAAAGGUGAAAAACUGAAACUUUGUUAUGUCGGUUAAAUGUUGUCCAUUUGAGAAACUAACAAAUUCGUUAAUUGUAAUGAAUUUCGAUUGCCAUCUCUCUAUAGACACUUUUUGAUAAGUUAAAUAGUAAUAAAUUACGGAUUAUGUGCCGUGAAGUGAAAGUGUUUUAGGCGGACUUUAUAAUUCGGCUAUUUUAGGAGUGUAGGUAGAAAAUGAGCUCUGUCAUGCUUGAGAUGGACCCGAACAAUAACGCCCAACCGGGUGAAAAGAGUUACUCGCUGAGGCCGCGUUUGGUGGUGAAAAGGAGCGACGAAGAAGAGGAAGAGACGAUCACAUGGAGGAGGAGGCCGAAGAGGAGGCAGAAGCCGAAACCGGCCCCGUUGAGCAAAUACAGGCGGAAAACGGCCAACGCGAGGGAGCGAUCGCGUAUGCGCGAGAUCAACGAAGCAUUCGACAGCUUGCGUCGUGCCGUCCCGCACUCCAUCACCAGGAGCGACCAGGCGGAAAAGCUCACGAAAAUCUCAACGCUCAGGUUGGCGAUGAAGUACAUCGCCGCGUUGUCGGCCGCCCUCGCCGAGCCCCAGACUGAAUCCGACGUCGAAUCUCUCAUAAGCGAUUCGACGAUAAACGAUCUUUCGACGAGCGAGAGUUCGCUGACGCCGCCGUUUCCUCCGCUCUCCGUUUUGGACGCGUCCUUUUCCGAUCCUUACUCGGACUUCUCGGACAGCGCUCUUCCCCUGGACCCUUACACGGACUUUUCCGCUUUCGUCCUGGACGAUCCUUUCGCCUCAGACUUCAGCUAACCCCUCCUUUUUGUUUCGAGAGUAAGUUAAUUACAGAUAAUAAAUCUAUUAAUUUGGGUCAGACUCUUGGGUAACGUCGACGAUUAACCUCACUUUGUGUUUUCUCGUCCUACUGCUGGGAUCCUGGAUGGAGCGCAAUACUCCUUGGAGAAAAUCCGUUCAGCUCGAUAGAACCCAGUUAUGCUAACGUUAUUUACCAAACGAUCCAAAAUUUGAAUAUUAGAAGCACAAUUUUUCUCAUACAUUUUCGAUACUUUCAAUUUUUAUAUUGAAAAGACGUGAAAGUGUGUUAGUCCAGUUACUGUUAAUCAGCAAUAUUUGUUCAAAGAAACUUUUCUCUUAGCUACACACGGAAAAAGAAAACGAUUGAUUGACAAACAAUCUUAAAACGGAGUGAAUUUAAUUUCAAAAUCGACCACACAAGAAUGGGAGAAAUCUUCAAUUUGUUUAAAAUAUUAUUUCAGUUUUUACCUUUUCAACGCAUACCCGUUAUUUUUAAACUAGAUUCAUGGAAGCCAUCAAGAGUAAUUUAAUUAUACAUAAUAAAUCUAUUGAUGUGGGUCAAAACUGUUGAGAAACGUCAUCACUUGUUAGCCUUCCUUGUACAUUUACUACUUAUCCCGCCCUGGUAUCUUUGAUAAGGAAAUGAGAUACUCAUUGAAGAAAAUGUAAAUUUUCGUGGGAUCUACUACGACCAAAAUUUAUCUAUGGGUCGAAAAUAUUGUUAAUCUCUUCGGUACAACCUUCAGACGAUCUUAUCUCCUUUAUAGAGUAUCUGUCGACCAUGCUGGAUAAAGACGAAACAUAUCACCUAAGACCACUUAAAUGUAUUCAUAAUAUUUAUAAUUAAUUGUAAAAAAACUGUAAAUACAUAAAGAAAAAGAUCGUUUUGCAAACGAUUAAUUACCAACAAAUCAUUGUACGUUUAUUAUUUAAGGAGAAUCGUUUAGAAUAGAAAUAUAUUUAAUUUUUUAAGACAGAAAGAAUGGAAGCAUAUCAAUGUAAUUUUAUUUUUACAAUUUGUCCUAUUUAAUAGUUUACGAAUAGAUUAUCAUAAAAUAAUGUUAAACGUGAAAAAACAAAUUCGGGUUAGCUUUAAUUAAAUCGUAAGUUCAAAACCUGGACUGUUCUUGAACGGUGGAGAGCUUACUAUUAAGAUAUUGUAAAUAUGAUGUGCAAUAUAGUUAUUCUAAAUUUAAAAAAAUGUGAAAUGGCCUUACGUACUUUUAUUUACCUAAAAAAUACUUAAAAAGUUGAAUUCUUUUUUUUUGUUAUUUGUUAUUUUUAAAUAUACAAAAGUGCUGUACCUAUUUACGCAAAUAAAUGUGUACAUUGUGAUAAUAAA